AUGAGCUUCAUUCAACGUCUCACAAAAAGGUUGCCUAGUGCGCCGAGCCUCCCUCUUGACGAUGACUCUCGCGAAAAGGGUCGCUCGCCCUCCCGAUUCGCCUUCUUCCGUCGUCGCAUCAGAUUGAAGGGCAACUCCUCUAUUUCUAUACCCCUGGGGUUUGUCUUACUAUUUCCAUGUCUUGUAAUUGUCUUCAUUCUAUUUCUUUUCGUCCGACAUCCCGCGUCUCCUGGAGGGAUCUUAAUACCAGCGGGUACUCCACCCUCCAUUCGCAAAAUCAGUGAAAAGCACGACAAGGUCUUCGCCACGGGCUGUAUGCCCAUCAUUCCUACUCCCCCCAAUGAGAAGGCCAACGCGGCCUUCGUUGUCCUCGCGAGAAACAAGGAGCUGGAUGGUGUGAUUCAAUCACUCAAGUCUAUUGAGCGCCACUUCAACCGCUGGUACCACUAUCCAUAUGUUUUCUUGAACGAUGGCGACUUUGACGAUGACUUCAAGGCCACUGUGAAGAACUAUACCAGUGCUCCCGUGGAAUUCGGAAAGAUCGAUAAUGCCAUGUGGGGUUACCCUGACUGGGUUGACCCCGAGGUCGCCAAGGAAGGUGUCCGAAAGCAAGGUGAUGCUGCCAUCAUGUACGGCGGCAUGGAAAGUUAUCACCACAUGUGCCGAUUCUACUCGGGUCACUUCUACAAGCACCCUCUCCUGAUGAAGUACGAGUGGUACUGGCGUUUGGAGCCCGAGAUCAAGUACUUCUGUGAUAUCACAUAUGAUCCUUUCCUUAAGAUGAUUGAAGCGAACAAGACGUACGGUUUUACCAUUGCAGUCAAAGAACUCCGUGAAACUGUUCCCAACAUCUUCCGGUAUGCAUCAGCCUACAUGCGCAAGAACAAUCUCAAGUCCAGGGGCUUGUGGGAGAUGUUCUUGGAACGCCCAGUGGAGCCCGAGGUUCCAGUUGAGGAAGAGAAGAAGGAAGAAAAGCUGCCGGAGGAGAUCUUGAUGUCCGACCCUGCAAACAAUAACCUCGCUGAUGUUGAUCCCGAGGCCAUGGAAGGCGAGAGCUACAACAUGUGUCAUUUCUGGAGUAACUUCGAGAUUGCACGCUUGGAUUGGUUCCGAAGCAAGGCAUACGAGGAUUUCUUUCAGAUGAUGGAUCGUAGUGGUGGUUUCUGGAUGGAACGGUGGGGUGACGCUCCUAUCCAUUCUUUGGCCGCUGGUGCACUCCUUGCACCAAGUGACAUCCACUACUUCCGUGACUUUGGUUACCGACACACCACCAUUCAACAUUGCCCAGCCAAUGCGCCGGCUCGCCAACUUCCCCGCGAGCCUUACCUUGAGAUGACCACCGAUGACGAGAAGAAGCGUAUCGAAGAAGACGAGUAUUGGGCUACCCCUGAUCCUGUCAAGGAGAAUGGCGUGGGCUGCCGAUGCCGAUGUGACACCGAUAUCGUGGAUGUAGAGGGCAAGCAAGGUAGUUGUCUGUCCGAAUGGGUCGAGGUGGCUGGCGGUUGGGCCUCACCAUAA